AUGAAAAAGAGGAAGGAGACACGACAGGGUCCUUUCAAAGUGCCAGAUAGUAGUAGUAUCUUUCUACUGAGCAUAAAUGAAAAGGGAGACCGAAAAGAGGAUAUGCGUAAAUUCCUGGCUCUGCCAAUUGAUCAGAAGACGACGCACAAUGCCCGAAUAACGGCCAAACUGAGGAAAGAGCUUUCAGGACAGCUGGAGGUGGACGACGAGGAGGAGGAAAAUGAGAAGAUGAAGAGUCUUAAACAAACCAAGAGUAAGACAGCUCUCCCUAAACCAACACCUGAGAGACGUGAGCUGAAGAUGGCCAUGUUGAAACAAGAAAACAUUAUGAAAGACAGCAAACAUGACUUAAUCUCUAUGGAACGGCAGAAGGCAGUGUUGGAGUUAUCUCUGAUGACAAAGAGGUCUGAGAUUUUGAAGAUGGACAAGGCCAUGGCAAAAGAGGAGAGACUGCUGAAACAGCUCGAGAAGAGCAUUGAGAGAGACAACCUUUACUUCGAAGAGUUCCUCAAGGAGAACGAGAAAAAGUCUGUGGAGGCCAGAACAUUUUUUGAACAGGAAGCUAAGUCCAAACAGCAGAAGAAUACAGAGAUCAAGAAACUGACUGCCGAAAUAGGAACAAUAGAAAGUGAGCUUGCCAAUUUUGAAGAAAUCCUACAAGACUACAAGAGAUACAAGGAGCUUCUGUUCAAGUUGUCUCCUCCAGAGUGGCAGGAGGCCCAGAAGAACAAGGCUUGGCAAGCUAACGUCCUGUCUGAUGGAAAUGCUCCGACUCAGCAGAACAUAGAGCAUGAGGAGUCAGCCUGAAAAUCUAAAGAAUAUCAUUUAUGUGUGGUCCUCAUGGUGCCCUUUAUCUCCCCCCCUUAUGUCACCUCUCUGCAGGAUGAGCCAGAGCUGUACUUUACUGAUCCCCAGCAGCUUCUAGAUCUGGUGACGGAGCUGACGGAGCAGAACCUGUCCCUGAUUCAGAACUCCACGAGGGUGGAACAGACGCUUGAGGAGCUCCGACAGUCCAUGGAGACAACCCGGAGGAAGAUUGAAAAGGAUGACGAGAAGCUAACACUGCAGAUAAACGACGUAAACCAGAGGAUCGACAAGGAGAAGGCGAGAGCCGCCAAGCUCGAGCAGAGAGUUCAGCUCCAUGUCUCCUUGAACACAGAAGACCAGGACGUUAUGCUGGAUGCUCUUGGUGACAAGGUGUCAGAGGUGCAUCGCUGUUGUGUGGAUGACAGGGUGACCAACCUCAGCACCUUGGAGAAGUUGGCCAGUAUUGAGAGACAUAUGUCUCUGCUGCUGCAAAACCUCGAGAACAUCCCUGAAGAAAGCUUGGACAUGAUGAAGAAGAUCAAGGACAGCGAGAGGAGGAGCAGGCAGCGUGAAGAAAAGCUGAGAGAGCAGAGAGAGAAACAGAAAGAAAGGAUGAAGAGGUACUUGGAGAGAUCCAUGGCUGAUUCCAAGAAGACAAGUGGAAGAAAGCUCAUGCCCAGAUGUAUCCCUGUUGCUCAGAAGGUCAGAAUCAACAAUGUGGACAACAUUCCUGCCGAGGAUGAGAUCCAUGCCUACCUUUUCACCUCUGAGGACAUAGAUUAA